GAGAUUAAUCAUAUCUCUAAUUCUCACCGUCUUCCCCAAACCUCGUUAACUCUCAGAACUCUAGGGUUUACUUUGAUUUCACGACGAAACAAACUCAAUUAUGGAUCAAUCAACUGCUGCUCCAAAGUCGCAUUGUCUCCCGAACACAAUCGAAAGCUCCAGAGAUUUGCAAUGCGUCGGAACUAUGGAGAUCGCCGCCUCGAAACCGAUCGGUUUCCUCUGUGGCUCCCUUCCCGUUCUCCCCGAUAACUCCUUCCCAACUUUCACUUCCGCUCUCUUACCUUCCCUCGAAACGUACCGUUUUGCAUCUUUUCUAAGCUUUUUUUUUGUUUUUUUUUUUAAUUUAAAAAAAAAACUGUUUGUUUGGUGUUGCAGAGUUAGUGCUCCAAGGUACCAGAAGAUUCCGCUCAAGACAGAUCUCAAUCGACCUCCUCUCCUAACUGAUUUUCCCGAGCAAGUAUUACCCCUCGCCGUUGUCAAGUCUAGAAUCACCGGAGAUAUAUCUAAAGAGGGUAAUGUUAUAAACAAGAAAUGUGAAGCACUUGCUGUAUCGGGUUUAGCCGAAUAUGGAGAUGAGAUAGACGUCAUUGCCCCGGUUGACAUUCUUAAGCAGAUUUUUAAGAUACCUUACUCCAAGGCUCGAGUCUCCAUUGCUGUUCAACGUGUUGGACAGACUCUCGUUUUGAACCCUGGACCUGAUGUUGAAGAAGGAGAUAAACUGAUUAGGAGGCACAAGAAUCAACCCCAAUGUACAAAAAACGUGGAUGAGUCUUUGUUUCUCAACUUUGCUAUGCAUUCUGUGAGGAUGGAGGCCUGUGAUUGCCCUCCAACACAUCCCGUACAUGCAGAGGGACAGUCAAGUUCUUCUUCUUCUGCUCUCCCCGCGGAAGAGACUGCUCCUGACGACAGACUUGACAACGCCGGAAGUAGUAAACAACUGGAGCAUGAUGGUCUUAUUUGUGAAAAUGACAAGAGGAAAAAGAAGAACAAAGAACGUGAGCCGAUUAGGAAAAAUACUCUAGUCAGUGACAAGAAUCGGAAGAUCAAGCCGUCAGGAGACUCUGAGAAACACAGAAGAUGUGGGAGAAAUGAGUUCUUGAGAGUUCUGUUUUGGCAAUUCCACAACUUCCGCAUGCUUUUGGGAAGUGAUCUGCUUCUCUUCAGCAACGACAAGUAUUUGUCUGUUAGCUUGCAUUUGUGGGACCUUAGCGAAAAGGUUACACCUUUAACUUGGCUUGAAGCUUGGCUUGAUAAUGUAAUGGCAAGUGUGCCCGAGCUAGCAAUUUGCUACCAUGAGAAAGGUGUUGUCCAAGGGUAUGAACUCUUAAAAACAGAUGACAUCUUUCUACUAAAAGGAAUCGCUGAGGAUGGUACACCUGCCUUUCAUCCUCAUUUUGUUCAGAAGAAUGGCCAUGCUGUUCUAAGGUUUCUUCAGUCAAAUUGCAAAGAUGAUCCUGGAGUUUAUUGGCUUUACAAAAGUGCGGGUGAAGAUGUGAUUCAGCUCUUUGAUCUCUCUAUUAUUUCAAACAGCCAAUCUCCAGGAGAUGAAAACGACAGUGCAAGCACAUUGCCGUCUAUGAUUCACAGUGGGAGAAGUGACUCGUUGUUUUCCUUAGGAAAUCUACUCUAUCGUGUUGGUCAUAGACUUUCUUUGUCUGUGGUGCCAAAUGAUCGGACCAAGUGUGCGAGGUUCCUUAGAAAAUGUCUGAAUUUCUUAGACGAGCCUGAUCAUAUGGUUGUUCGAGCAUAUGCACAUGAGCAGUUUGCAAGGCUCAUUCUGAAUAAUGACGAGGAAGUUGAUUUGACUUUCGAGUCUAAUAAUGUGCAACGUGAAGUCGAAAUUACAGAUCUAGAAGAGGAAUCACUUGAUCCUGUUACUGUUGUCAGUGAAAGUGAGGAGGUGAUUUUCUCGGAGGACAAGUUCACUGAAGAGUUUGAGAAAGAUGUGCCACCCUGCAAGAAACUAUUAAGUUCAGACAGUCCAGAUUCACAUGAUGCCGAAACCUCUGCUAAUUCAGAUGCCAAUCUCGUUCUUGGUCAUGUGAGCCAAGCUCCUGCACCUCUGAUUGAGACUACAACGUAUCUGAUUUCAUCGAAGCUAGCAGCAGUUCACCACGUUUCUCAAGCUAUAAAGUCUCUCAGGUGGACACGACAACUACAGUCUUCAGAACAGGCUGAACAGGACGGUCCAUUUAAUGAGGCAUUACCUCCUGUUGAUUUUUCCAAAUGCUCAUGUGGUGAUCCUGAUUGUAUUGAAGUCUGUGAUAUCCGUAAGUGGCUUCCAACAUCUAAACUAGAUAGGAAACUGUGGAACCUUGUUCUACUACUUGGUGAAUCAUACCUUUCUCUAGGGGAGGCUUACAAAGAGGACGGACAGUUGCACCAGUCUUUGAAUACUGUGGAAUUAGCCUGUUCUGUUUAUGGAUCAAUGCCGCAUAAGUUUGAAGAGACACUGUUUGUUUCCUCAAUGAACAAGUCUGUUUCACUGCAGUCGAAGUCCCAAGAGGCAACAGAUUUUGAAGCGGAACUUUCAUCAGCAGGACUCUUUUGGGCUAAAGUGUGGAUGCUGGUCGGUGAUAUAUAUGUUCAGUUCCACAUUGUUAAAGGCCAAGAGCUGGCAAAAAGACCAAAAGUGACAUCUAACAGUCAGUUAAGAAUGCCGUCAGAAAUAGUAAAAGAAGUAGAGAGGCUUAAGAAGAAGUUAUCUGAGUACAGUCAAAAUUGCUCCACGUGCUCAUUAGUAAACUGCAGUUGUAAGGGUGACAGAGCAAGCAGUGGAAGAAGCGCAAGUAGCAGCAGCAGUGGAAGCAGUGUCCGUACUGUGUCUCAUAACAGAAAGCACAAUAGGAAACUCAAGUCCAAGAAUGUCACUAGCAGGCUCUCACGAAAUGUUGAAGAUGAACAUGUUAAUGUCACUUUGGAUCAGAAUGAAUCCAGCUCUUCUAAAGAAAUAGAGACGUCAGCAGGAACAAAAGAAGCUGUCUUUCUGGAUCAGCAGAAUGAAUCCAGCUCUAAGGGAGUGAAAAAGGGAGGAAUAUUCAAGUAUCUCAAGGGUUCGAAGUCUGAUGAUGAUGCAGAGAGCAAUCUCUUGGCUGCGUUGAACUGUUAUGAGGAAACUAGAAAAGCUUUACAGGAGCUUCCAAGUGGCUGUAACGAGUUUCAGUCUCUCAACAGAAAGAAAGGUUGGGUCUGUAAUGAACUUGGUCGGAACCGUCUCGAGAGCAAAGCGCUCAACAAAGCUGAAGACGCUUUUGCUGAUGCUAUCGUGGCGUUCAAGGAAGUUCACGACCACACGAAUGUUAUACUUAUCAACUGCAACCUGGGUCAUGGGCGACGAGCACUAGCUGAAGAAAUAGUCUCAAAGAUGGAAGCUCUUAAACUGCAUCCUGCUUUCAAAAAUGCUUACGAGCAAGCUUUGGAGAGUGCAAAAAUAGAAUACAGCAAGUCACUCGGUUAUUACAUGGCAGCAAAGACAGAACACAGCGUCGCCGCUGAUUCGGUUCCAGAGAAUCUGAAAGUUGAGGUCUACACGCAGCUUGCUCAUACACAUCUAAGAUUUGGAAUGAUUUUAGCAAAAGAAGACACAACCGUUCUAAAACAUGAAGUAUCAGCCAGUGAUGCUAUAAGAGAGGCAUUGGCUUUAUACGAAUCUCUUGGGGAAAUACGCAGACAGGAAGCUGCUUACGCUUACCUUCAGUUAGCGAGGUAUCACAAAGAUCGUUGCUUAAGGAUCUUGGAAACUGAGCAGCGCGCCACUAAUGUCAUCCAGAGAGCCAAGCAGUAUGCGUUGUUGGCAGAUAGAAACUGGCAGAGAUCAAUGGACUUUUAUGGCCCUGAGAAUCAUCCCUCAAUGUUCUUGACGAUUCUGAUAGAGAGGUCGGCUCUUUCCUUUAGCCUUUCAAACUUCUGGCAAUCAAACACUAUGCUUGAGACGGCUUUCUCUUGCCUGCUUGAGGGCCGCCACGUUUCUGAAACUCAUGCGGAAUCAUUAAGAACCGAGGACCCGGAGCUUUACUUCAAAUUCUGGGCCCAAUCGCAGAUGGUUCUCAAGAGAAUGCUGACCUUAUCCAUACCUGCGGAAGGAGCAAACAAGUCUCAGACCUCUGGGAAACUAAGAGAGCUGUAUAAAACGUCACUCAAGUCGAAAAGUCUGAGCGACUUGAAUGCAAUGCAUGCCUUGUGGACUACAAGGGUAAACUAGGUGCGGUUGAUAAUGAUGUUGGACUACCUUGUGGGUUUUAGUGGAACGUAAAUGGUCAAAAGCAUGUAUAUGAAGAGUUGAAAAGUUCCAGGAUUUGAGUGCUUUAAAUGGGAUCUGUUAUACACGUUUCGAAACUAUGUAGAGCAUGAUCUCUCUUUCUCUCUCA